AUGGAGUGUCAAUGUCAGGUUUCACAUACCCUGGCUGCACUGGGAUAUGGUUGUUACGUUGCCAGCACCAUGUUCCUUCUACCUGUUCCAGGCCCCCCAUUAUCGCGUCUGGAAUAA